AUGGCUCCUGAUGCUUCCGACGCCCUCGCUGUCAGAGAGAUGGUGAAGAGCUUCCUGAAUGCUGCUCUUACUGGGAAUUUGGAUCUUCUGAAGAAUAUUGCCGCCCAGCUCGAUGACGGUCAGGGCAUGGCUAAAACUGUUGCCGCCAUUAAGGACGCCAAGCAACGUGGGGCACUUCACUUUGCUGCAAGAGAAGGAAAGACUGAAGUCUGCAAGUACUUGUUGGAGGAAUUGAAGCUUGAUGUUGACACUAAGGACGAAGAUGGAGAGACUCCUCUUCUCCAUGCUGCUCAGCAAGGGCAUAAUGACACUGCUAAAUACCUUCUUGAGCGCGGUGCCAGUCCGAAGAUUCCAAGUGAUAUGGGGGCUACUGCACUGCAUCAUUGUGCAGGGACAGGAAACAUUGAAUUACUGAAGUACUUACUUUCAAAGGGUAUGGAGGUUGAUUUAGACAGUGAUGCUGGUGCUCCUUUAGUUUGGGCUGCUGGAAAUGGACAGAAAGAAGCUUUGAAAGUUUUGUUAGAACAUCAUGCUAAUCCCAACGCUGAAACCGAAGAUGGUGUAACUCCAUUGUUGUCAGCUGUUGCAGCAAAUUCAUCAGCAUGCACAGAGCUGUUGGUUCAGGCUGGGGCUAAUGUGAAUGUCUUGGCUGGUGGAGCAACACCAUUGCACAUUGCGGCAGAUCACGGGAACAUAGAAAUGUUGAAAUGUUUGCUCGAAGCUGGUGCUGAUCCGAACAAGGUUGAUGAUGAUGGUCUGAAGGCUAUACAGAUAGCAGCAUCACGAGGAAAUCAUGCAGCUGUUGAGAUCCUUUUACCAGUGACUGGAAAAAUGGAAAAAGUUCCUGAGUGGACUGUUGAUGGUGUCAUCAGAUAUGUGCAAUCUGAAACCGACAAGCAAGAGGAACUAGUGAGGAAUGUUAAGGAUGUCAAUCUAUCGAAAGCCACUUUACCUAAGGAAGAUCUACCUGAGGUGUCCCCAGAAGCAAAAGCAAAAGCUGCUGAAGCAAAAUCACGAGGACACGAGGCUUUCAAAAGAAACGACUUUCAAAUGGCUGUUGAUGCUUAUACCCAGGCAAUUGAUAUGGACCCUACGGACUACACUUUGUUUUCGAAUCGAAGCCUUUGUUGGUUACGAAUGGGGCAAAGCGAGCACGCUUUGAGCGAUGCAAGAGAGUGCAGAGCAUUGAACCCAGACUGGCCUAAAGCUUGCUACCGAGAAGGAGCAGCUCUACGUUUGCUUCAGAGGUUUGAAGAAGCAGCAAAUGCAUUCUACGACGGAGUGCAGCUCGACCCGAAUAGUAUCGAACUUGCCCAAGCCUUUGGGGAAGCCGUGGAAGCUGGGCGAAAGUUUCAUGGUAAGAAUAACAGGAAAUCUUCGUGA